UAGCAAUCGUACGUCGAUCGGAGGAUCGUGUGUACUGAGACACUCGACCGGAGUCUUGUUUCGGUGGCGUCGUUGGGAUGACGAGCAGUCUUGCUAGAGAGCUGAUCGGUGAAGGAAGUCGAGUGUCUUACGAGCAGGGAGUGGUGCACGUGUGAGUUAGAGCAAGGGAACCUGUCCUCCCGUUGGUCACGGAUUCGUUAUCAAGCCUGAGGCCCUCGUCACUAGUGUAACUAUCGACAAUAAAGGUACCCCACCCGCGACCGGACGAUGGAGAACUCCAACACGGAAUCGCAAUCUCCCGCGAGCCCUGCCCGGGAGGGCGCCUCGAGCUCGGACUCGGAAUGUGACUCGAGCUCGGAUUCGGAUUCAGACUCGACAUCAGAAGUGGCAUCCGAACACACGUUGUCGGCACGGGAUCGUAAGAGUAUCGUGCGCGCACUAAAGCGGUCGCUAGGGAAGAAGAAGAGGAAGAAGAAGAAGAAGAAAGGACACCGGGCAACCUGGGUAUCGCUACCGCGCUUCAACCCCGAAGCCGCGGACGCAGAUCCAGCCGCCUGGUGCACAGCCGUCGGCCUGCUCAUGAGGGACCACCGCCUGAAAAACAGCGCACUGUAUUCUGCCCUAAACCGUGCCCUAGAGGGUCCGGCAGCGUAUUGGCUUACGCAGAUAAUGAACGGCGACGAGCUCACCUGGCCAGAUUUUAAGGAACAAUUCGCCGCGCACUUCGGUGGCCAAGAAGUAGCAGCCGCGUCGCUAAUCAAGGUAGCCGAGGAACUACCGCGGGACGGCGAAACACCAGGAGCGUACGGAAAUCGUAUCAUCACCCUCCUGGGGUCGAAGUGGCGAAAUUCAACCAGGGAAGAGGUACUCGCCGCCACCGCCCUCCAUCUGCUGGGCUCGCGCGAUGAACGUUUUAAACGACUAGCGCUCACGAGUGACAUCACGUCGGUGAAACAAUUCCAAAGAGAAAUGAAGCCCUUCCUAUACACGGAGUGGCCAACGCCCCCGUCGUGGAGGUCAUUAGCGAGCUCCGGAAACAAACGAGGCAGGUCUCCCGCCCCCUGGACCAGGUGUGGCCACUGCGGUAUUUACGGACAUCCGACAUUCGAAUGCCGCAAGAGGGCGAAGUGGGAACCGAAGAAGGACCCCCGACGGCCGGAGGAAAGCCGACCGGCUGCACCACCAAAAGCGUUGUGCUUUCACUGCCACAUGCCGGGACACAUCGCGUCUCGCUGUCCAUCGCGGCGAGAAGAAAAACAUUGCCCCGAGGACGAGCGCCGGGUCGAUGCCUGCGUGGUGGAAGCCCCGACGGGUAGACUAAGCCAGCAGGCCACACACGAGGACGUGUAAGUGUCAGGAUGGCCGAGUCGGAGACGAAAGGACGCCGGGGCCCCUCUGGAACUUCAGGAAAACACCCUAACCUUGCAACCUAGACC